GGCUCCUUCAAGCCACUGGUCUACAUCUCCCCGAGCAAUAGCCUCUUCGACGCUGUCUACUCCUUGAUCAAGCACAAGAUCCACCGCCUGCCUGUCAUCGAGCCCAUCUCGGGCAAUGUCCUGCACAUCCUGACGCACAAGCGCAUCCUCAAGUUCCUCCACAUCUUUGGCUCCACUCUCCCUAAGCCACGCUUCCUGAAGAAAACGGUGCAGGAGCUGUGUAUUGGCACCUUCCGGCAAGUGGUCGGCCUCUACUCCCGGUUCGACGUCAUUCACCUGGCAGCCCAGAAGACCUACAACAACCUGGACAUCAGCGUGCGGGAGGCGCUGCGGCAGCGCACUGUCUGCCUGGAGGGGGUCCUCACCUGCUACCCCCAUGAAACCAUGGAGGACAUCAUCGACCGCAUCGCCAAGGAGCAGGUAGGCUCUGUCCCCUGCUACUGCGCUCCUGUCCCCUCCCUGCUGCUGGGUCACCCGCACCUCGUCACCUUCCUGCUCAGGCCACCUGCCUCCACCCCAGCCAAACCGGCCCUGGGGGAAUGGAGGAGCCUGGGGCUGAGGUCCAGCAGUGCUGGGUACCCAG